AUGGUAAAAUAUUUAGAACCUACACUAGAAGCCGUCAUGCACGAUGUUAUCAAGGGGCAUGCACUAAAUACGCGACUAUUUCGUGAAUUGUGUCAAGAUGGUGAAGCUGAGUAUACAGACCUCCUUUAUCAUACAGAAGUGAGGUGGCUCUCUCGCGGAAAUGUUUUAAAUCGAGUAUGGACUCUCAAAAAUGAAGUUGAAAUGUUUUUGGUUUCUCAAAAAAAUAUUCUUGCAGAACAUUUUAAUAACUCUUCCUGGAUUGCAUAUCUCGCAUAUUUGGCAGACAUAUUUGAAAGCAUAAAUAUAUUGAACAAAGAAUUGCAGGGAAAGCAUUGUAAUAUUAUUUCAGCAAGAGAAAUAUUGUCAGCAUUUGGGUUAAAGCUGGAGUAUUGGAAGCAGAAGGUAGAAGAAAACAAAAUAGCAUCUUUUCCAAGGUUAGCUUUGUUUUUGGAGAAUUCUGAAAAUAUUACAUUAGUUGAUAUCAAAGAUACAAUAGUAAGACAUCUUAUUAAACUGAGAGAGCGGUUUUUCCCAGACAACACAAGACAUCCUGGAAAACGUCCACAGGAUAUCCACGCGCGGACAUUCAUUGUCCCUGCGAUAGCCUUACGGAUAUCCCGCUUAUCCUGA